AUGAGCUUAUUAUGGUGGUUGUUUUUGUGUUUCUUUUUGAAAGUUGUGCACUCUUGGAGCAACGAGGAGUUGGCUUUGUAUGAUUUGGUCGAAGAAGUGCAAGGGAAUUUCUAUGAAUUGUUCGAGAUUCAGCAGGAGGCGUCACUCUCGGAAAUCAAGAAAAACUAUCGACGUUUGAGUCUCGAAUGGCAUCCCGACAGAAAUCGAGCCGAGAAUGCCGCCGAACGAUUUCGACAAAUUGUUUCGGUGUACGAAGUGCUUAAAUCAACGGAACUACGCGAAAAGUACAACGAAAUUCUCAUCAAUGGCUUACCGAGUUGGAGAAGUGGUAUCUACUACUACAGGCGAGUUCGAAAAAUGGGACUCGGCGAGGCGAUGCUGAUUUUGAUUCCUUUACUCAUCGGUGUCCAUUAUCUCAUGUUAUGGGGAGCCUAUUUCGAACAGUAUCUAGUCGAGACUCAAAAGAAGGUGAAGGUGAAAAGGGAAAAAGAUCGAUCUUCGGCUUUAGAUGAUGAGGCUCGACGUGUGGAAUUGGCUCUGCAAGAGCACAAGCCGACUUGGUCGAAGAUGUUGCCCUGUAAAACAUGGAGAGGCUUUCUGAGUUUCAUCACUCUGCUGCAGGAGUUAUCGAAGAAAGAGCCGCCGUUAGAAGAGAACGAAGAGCUCAUUCGUCCUGUUCGCAAUAUUGUCCCAUCUCAGCCACAACCAGUCUAUGAAUUUGCAGUAGCUAGAGAUAUCAAAGCGGUUACAAGUCACGAUGAAAACGCUCGUAAAAAAUAUGAAAUCGAUGAAAAGGAAAGAGAAGCAAAAUAUUCAAAAGAGUCAGCGUGGACUUGUGAUGAGUUGAUGCUCCUUGUCAAAUUGAGCACCGAAAAGUUCCCAUCUGGCACUCCAAAUAGAUGGGAUUUGAUGGCGGCGGUGCUUCACAGAACUCCUGAUGAUGUUACGGCAAUGGCUGGAAAGCUGAAAAGCAUGAAAAGGGAAGAAUACAACAAAUUGUUGAGUGGACAAACGAGCGCCGUUGUUGCCGAUUUUUCGAAAGUCACGAUACCACAGAAUUUAAAAUCGGUGACUUUGGAUUGGACACAAGACGAGCAAAAAGCUUUCGAGCGAGCUCUCAUCAAAUAUCCCAAGGGAGUCGAUGCACGUUGGGAUCAAAUCGCGAAAGAAAUGGGAACAAGGAGUAAAGGCGAGUGUUUCGAGCGCUUCAAGCAGAUUGCUGAAGCGGUCCGUUUACGCAAAGCACAACAGAACGCAAAA